AUGUCCGAAGGGAAAUCAGUCGUGCUGUCUUCUCAUCUUCUGCUCCGCGGGACGCUCUCCAUCAAAGGACUUUUCUCGAAGACUUUCUGCUACUUUACUCUGAUCCAAGAGCGGAAGACCUGGAGCGAAGCACGAUCGUACUGCAAGAGCUAUCACACAGAUCUGGCCACCAUUCAGAGCGAUGAAGACCGCUAUAAGAUACAGGAGAUCGCAAACGCCAUCAGCUUUUCACACAGGGCCUGGAUGGGUCUGUAUGAUGGAGUACUGGCUUGGCGCUGGUCGUAUCGAGAUCUGAACAUAGACUAUAUGAACUGGGCGUCAGGAGAAGACACGAGCUCCAGGACUCAGAGGAAGUGUGGCGUGAUCACAGUCACUGGAAGCUGGCACGUCGCAUCUUGUGAAGAACAGAAACCCUCUUUUUGCUACAAUGGAAAGAGUCUUGAGGGCUCUUUUGUGUUCAUCGACGCGCUCCUGACGUGGCGUGAUGCUCAGCUGUACUGCAGGAGGAAGCACGUGGAUCUGGCCAUCAUUAGUGACGCCUCUGAGAACAGCGCUCUGCUUCAGCUCUUUCCUCCCAAACCCUCUCAGCCCGAGGCCUGGAUCGGCUUGUCCAAAAACCUGUGGCUGUGGUCGGACCAGAGCAAAGUCUCCUGGACGUCUUUCAAAUGGGCCGAAGGAGAGCCGGAUAAUGCUAAAGGCAACGAAAAGUGCGGCUUUGUCCGUCAGACUGGACUGAUCGGAGACGAAGACUGCUCACAUCAGUUACCUUUCUACUGCAGUGAGUUUAACUUCUGCUUUAACUCUUAA